CACAUUUUCACUUGCUUCAAAAACAUUUCGGUUCGUAUUAGCAUCUUUGUUACCACUUGUGCUUGUGGUUAAAGCAUAUUUAUCACCGCAUAAGGUCGUUCUGACAUCAAAAACUGUUCUGUGAGGUCAUGGCAAUCAAGCUAUUCGUAUUGCUUCAAUAGACUGAUUCCGUAGAGGUACACUUAAGUGACUACCGUAUCGUAAACAAGCGCCCGUGUGUAUUGUGUCCAACAAACAACUUGUUCCAAUAUGAUGUUCUUGAAGAUACCGUUCCAGCUAUUUCUGUUGCACCAUAGUACAACAACAUGUUGUACUAUCGUCGCUGCGACGAGUCUACCUUCUGCAGAUCCACCGUCGUCAGCCCGUCAUUUGUCAGGAUCUCCGGAACGAAAGCGUCUUAGAAAGUCGAUUGACCUUCUACAAGAGAUGCAAAAAGCUGCUGAACUACGUGGAUUACUCUGGGAGGAUGUCCAGCGUGUGGAAAAAGCCAAAGACCUGCCAGAACCGAAGAAGAGCAUUGAACUUUUUCUGGCUUCGGCGCACUUAAUGAGCACUACUUCGUACCUACUCCACUCGCCAGACAAAGAUUUUGUGAGCGGAAAGGCUGAAGCGUUGGUCGCGGCAUUGAAAAAAGACGAAGCAGACUGGUUCUCAAGAAACGAAGGAACAACCACUAUUAAGGCUCAACUUUCCUUGGUCAUGGGGGUUCGUUGGUCACUGAGAUCGCAGAGGGGCUCUCCUUAGAGAACAGGGGAAAACAAAGGGAGAACAAGGGGAGAGGCAUGGGGCAUUUUUCUUUCAGAAUCAGUGACCAAUGAAUGUCGACCUUUAACAUUAGGUCGCUUCGUGAUGCGCCGAUGAUUGGCCGAAGGGAGUCCGAGUCCGAGAACAACAGGAGCAACUCCCGUACAAACACAAGCACACAUUUUGCGAAGGACCUCUUGAACUGGAUGAAGUUAAGAAGGAUUUUUGCAAGUAGAAGUUGGCGCUCUGAUCUAUAAUUACUAUCUUCUGAGUAGAAGAGCUGCAUACCUUCUAUGACCUGCUGAUUUUCAAGGGCAUCAACCAAAAGGAAAAGGAUGGAAGAUAUGCAAUAGUUAAACAGACCUCUUGCCAGGCAUAUCAAUCAAUCAAUGAGUUCUAGUUCUAGAUCUCUGUGGGGGUCAAGAAUUUCUAGAGGAUCGAUCAAGAACUACCUGAAGUACCUCCUGCCUCUACUAAUUAAGAUUGUGCAAGAUACGGAGGGCGCUUGGGGUAAGGCGGAAUCCUUUGUACGCUGUCGCAACUUAAAAGCAAUGCCUGACGAGAAUGAGGACUUUGAGGAUCACAACAGCAACCUGAGACGCACUCCCAGGACAUUCGUUGACCGAGUAAAAGAGUACGCAGCGAGUGGACAUUUCAUGUCUUGGAGUUUGAAGGAGGCGAUCAUCGACUCGGAUUUGCAAAAAAUAAAAAAAUUCGUGGAGUACAACUAUUGCGGCCACGCACCCUUGAUCACUGUGCUUGUCGCAGUCGCCGCAGGAGUUCACACGCCAAACAAUGUAAACACAAACAGAAAGGUGUUGGACUACCUUCUCUCGAAGGCUGGGCCGCGUUUUUUGUGGAUCAAUCCGAGGUUAGAUGAUUGGAGUAAUCCUGCUUCCCUUAUCGGUGCCCACACCGCACUACUCUGGCCAAGCAAGACCAUGCUCAAAGGUAUGAAGAUUGGAUGGUGUCCGAUUUCGAUCGCGAUUCAGUCGAAGAAUCACGAUGCCCUUCGACUCUUGUUGCGCGAGGAUGUCUUACGAGAAGGUCUGCACGAGGCUUCUGGUGGGCUAGGCGGCGCGAGAGGAAGAUUCGAUCACGUCAGUAAUUUCGUGUACACGAAGACAACAGCGCUCCAAUUGCUAGCUGCCUCAAACGACAGGAAAGCGUUGAAUAUGUUCAUCGAAUUGAAAGAGCAGCCAGAUUACAGCCGACCUUGGGUUCCUAUUGAAGUUACGAGAGUCCUAGGCUUUUGGUGUUUAUCACUCUUCCCUUUCUUCUACUACCUUACACGCUGCAUUAAUGAUCGCUUGUGACAUAUUAAUUACCGUUAGGCUUAGACUCUUAGUUUUGUCCGUCUCCGUCUUGAUAUUAACGGAAAUUAUGGCAGAAGAAGAACCAACUAAGUAAAGGGGCAACGAGCGAACACCAAAAUAAACCCCAGAAGUACCACCUCUAAGAGAAGUCUUACACCGUACACUUGUCCAAGUCUCAUUAGAGCCGCCGCACAGGCUGGAGCCGUUGACACAUUGAGGAUUUUAAUGGAGACGACGUUUGCAAACGAUCUCGACUUUCAGUUUAAUCGUGGGAAACGCUUCCAUCUGGCUGGCUAUUCCGAUCAAUCUGAUUGGUUUAUAGCGAAUUCCCACAUUGAAAACAGAGAGCGUUCGUUGCUUUUACCCACUCCGAAGGCGGUGGAAAAGAUAAUCGCUUCAAACAGGGCAGACGAUUUACGAAAGACGUAUGGAAUGAAUAUGCCAAGAGCUCAGCGGCGUGGCGAUCAUUUUUGGACCUCUCAAUGGAUCUCCGCGAUUUCUGCAGUGAUCCGUUUGGCCUGUUCACCGAUGGGGACGUAUUUUAAGGCCUCUUUUCUUGAGAGACAUUCUUUCUUGAGAGACAUUCAUCUUUCGAAAGAAGAUUUAAUAGUUUCAAUGGGGAAAAAGCGUCCUCUAGGAUCUCUCUCGUCUAGGAUGCAUCUUUCAUCUACGCAUCACUAAGGCGGACUCUAAUUACUCGCGAGAAAAACACGGAAUGGGCCUUGAUUAUCCUGGUGCAGAACUUGCGGACGAGCAUUCGUACAAGGCGAAUACGAUCUCAGUUUUGAAAUUACUUCUCUACAAGGCACACAGAGGCGCUUUUUUGUUGCCUUUUCACACCUUGGAUGCACUUCAUGGUGAUGAAACUACCAAUGCGGAAGCAGUUCUGACUACGAUACUGAAGUUCAGACCGGAUCUGGCUAGCGCGUCGUACUAUGGGAUGACGCCUUUGAUCGAGGUGGCGCACAACAACUCCCUUAGUGACAGUGCUUCUCUCCGACUAGCAAAGGCUAUUCUCGACACCGCCUGUAGCGAGGAACGUACGAAUUUUAUGUUUACUCCGUUGCAGUGCAGGUGUGGUCCUAUCAUCCGCAAAACUCGACUUGACAGGACUGCCUUGCAAACGUCGAGGGCUUUGCAAUUGGACCGAGGAACAGCAGUAGAGCGACUUCCCAAACCGCAACUCGAAGCGUUUCUACAAAAGGAAGAAGCUCAUUGUGAUGUUGCCGGAUAUUUUUGAAGGUCAAGGUCUUUUGUGUCUUGAAAAACGAAAUGCGAGUUCUUGUACUAUGUUGAUAACGUGUACGUGUAUCUAUUCUUGAAGAAGAAAAUUAUAGAAGGAGGGCCAAAUAUCAGGAGGUAUUGGUACAAGAACUCGGAGCCUAAUCUUCAAGGUCCUCUUAACAUCCGGAAUGAUUUCUAACGUGAAAGAUUUUAUGAAAAAUCCUCUUUUUGAACUACUAUCUGUCGUUCUUGUUUACUAUGUAUGGUUUUAUUAUUUUCACCGAUGAGUUAGUCUGCGUUUCGUACUAACUCUGGAUGUAGUUGAUGUUCCUUGUUUCAUUAUGAGGUCAUUGCAUGAUGGUCGUGUCGUGCUCGGUAGCAGCGACCCACGACCUGUUGCGUAGGAUAAUCUACUGAACAUCAGAUGAAUAAUAUAUCUUCUUCUGCUAAUUAGGAUUAAAAAUCUCGUCUAGUCCGUUUUCCCACUCCUCUGAUUCAUCACAGGAGUGAGAAGAUGUGCAGAGAUUCUAUAAUUUCUUGUCGAUACUAGUAGAAGUUAUAGUUUUGGAGAAGCACAAAAAGGAAUGUUUCUGUAGAUCGGAAAAGAUCUUAUACCAAAGUGAGGCUUUCGCCUGUCUUUUCGAUAGUUAGUUUUGAUGGAGAACGAACCGCUACCACCACCACGGCGGGAAAGUACUGGCACCGCUGAGUUCCGCUUUCAUUAUCAUCGUGUGCAACUUGCAAUAAGAGAACCUAUAGUAAUCGUUCAUAGCGAAGUCGAAGAACAAGUGGAAAAUGUGUGUAUUCAUGCCAGACACAGGUAGUGACAACUUCACAC